UUCGAAGGUUUAUGGGUGGGUACAAGUUAGAGAAAGAUAGUGAACACAUGACAAUUCAAGAUUUUUGCUUAAAAAUGACCUUUAUGCAAAAUAUGCAAAUAUCCAUGAGGACUAACUACCUAAUGCAAGUCUGGCCUGUUUUAUGAGUUAGCAGCAAUUAUUGCUUCGUAGUCUCAAGGCUGCUGCAUUAACUUUUUAAUACUCCAAGGGCUUGGAAUCAGUGCAAUUCUAUAGCUUUUACCAACUUAAGUGAUUUUACAAAACCAAAGCGAACGCUGCCAAAUUAAAAGGAAAGGCUAUCUAUAUGUGUGAGAGGGAGAAGUGGGAGAAGAUUCCUCAGCGGGAGUGGAUCGCACAAAGCACCCGAAGACAUCCUGUAGUUGAGAAUAAACUUCAAUUCCCGGAGGGAAAGGGGUAUCUUAAAACCAGAUAUGGCCCAAAGUUUCUCCAAGUGCUGCUUUCCAAUGCAGCCACACUGAGAGGCAAUGGCCAAAGUUUCUGUCCCUUUAAGCAAUCAGGGAGGAUUAGGGUGAGGGGGAGAUCUUAGUCGCUUGGUGGUCACGUGAAACAGGGAGAGAAAUUGGAGGUCCCGGAGGUGGCUGGGAAGGAGGAACUUCGGGGGAAAGUUUUUUUCCUUUUUCUUUCUUUCUUUCUUUCUCCCCCCACCCCCCUCCCCUUUCCCUCUCCUGGGCGCGGAUUCGGUGCGGGCGGGCGCGCAGAGGCAGGAGGAGGCGGAGUCGGCGGCCGGCUCGGGAGGGCAGUUCUCCAAAACUUUAGUUUUGGUGUCUGCUGAGAUUUUGGGUCUCAGUCGGGCGCAGCCGCCGCCGGGAAAAGAAAGAAAGCAAGAAAAGAAGGAAGGAAGGAAAGAAAGAAGGAAGGAAACUAAAGAAAAGAGAAAGAAGAGAAGGAAAAGAACAAGUCUGAAUUCCGUAAGAGGAGUUCAGGGAGAAAAGUUUUCUGGCCGCUAAGAUCCCGAGCGGAGCCACUCCCGAAACUCCGGAGCGGCGUCCGGAGGAGAGUCCAGGGGCCCCAGAAGGGGCGGAGGGGUCGUAGCCGGGGAUGUGGCGCUGCCCCGCGGACCCCCAGCUCUGAGAAAAGGACGAAGAAGAGGAGGAAGGAAAGGAAGCCACCCUAGCCGCCUGCGCCUGCGGGGCCCCUGGUCCUCGCCGCUUCCCGAGUUCUUUCUAGUUGCGGGUCCGGGGCUGUCCCGGACGGGCGGAGCCCUCCCCUUGCCGGGUUAGGAGGUGCGUGCCGGGGGGGAGGGAAGCGCAGGGUGGGAGAAAUGGAUCCGGUCCAGCAGCCGCCGCAGCCGCCCUCUCAGGGCCAGGGGCAGCCUCCGUCCCAACCCCCCCAGGGUCAGGGUCAGGGACCACCGACUGGCCCCGGGCAGCCGGCACCUCCGGGGGCUCCGGGCUCCCAGGCUGCGCCGCCGCCCCCAGCUGGGCAUCAGAUCGUGCACGUCCGGGGGGACUCGGAGACCGACUUGGAGGCGCUCUUCAACGCCGUCAUGAACCCCAAGACUGCCAAUGUGCCUCAGACAGUACCCAUGCGCCUCAGGAAACUGCCCGACUCCUUCUUUAAGCCACCGGAGCCCAAAUCGCACUCCAGACAGGCUAGCACUGAUGCAGGGACUGCAGGAGCCCUGACUCCUCAGCAUGUCCGAGCCCAUUCCUCUCCAGCCUCAUUACAACUUGGGGCUGUUUCCCCUGGGACACUUAGCCCCUCUGGAGUAGUGUCUGCCCCAGGAGCUGCGCCCACUGGUCAACACCUUCGACAGUCUUCCUUUGAGAUCCCAGAUGAUGUUCCUUUACCAGCAGGCUGGGAGAUGGCCAAGACAUCAUCUGGCCAAAGAUACUUUUUAAAUCACAUCGAUCAGACGACAACAUGGCAGGACCCCAGGAAGGCAAUGCUUUCCCAGAUGAAUGUUACAGCUCCCACCAGUCCACCAGUCCAACAAAACAUAAUGAAUUCAGCCUCAGGGCCCCUUCCUGAUGGAUGGGAACAAGCCAUGACCCAGGAUGGAGAAAUUUACUACAUAAACCAUAAGAACAAGACCACCUCUUGGCUAGACCCAAGGCUUGACCCUCGUUUUGGUAAAGCCAUGAACCAGAGAAUCAGUCAGAGUGCUCCUGUGAAGCAGCCGCCACCCCUGGCUCCCCAGAGUCCCCAAGGCAGCGUGAUGGGUGGAGGUAGUUCUAAUCAGCAGCAGCAGAUGAGACUACAGCAGCUGCAGGUGGAAAAAGAGAGGCUCCGACUGAAGCACCAGGAACUGCUUCGGCAGGUGAGGCCACAGGCAUUGCGGAAUGUCAAUCCCAGCACAGCAAAUUCUCCAAAACGUCAGGAAAUAGCUCUGCGGAGCCAAUUACCAACUAUGGAACAAGAUGGUGGAACUCAGAAUCCAGUAUCCUCUCCUGGAAUGAAUCAGGAACUGAGAACAAUGACUACAAAUAGUUCUGAUCCCUUUCUCAACAGUGGCACCUAUCAUUCCCGAGAUGAGAGUACAGACAGUGGGCUGAGCAUGAGCAGCUAUAGUGUACCCAGGACCCCAGAUGACUUCCUGAACAGUGUUGAUGAAAUGGAUACAGGUGACAGUAUCAGCCAAAGCAACAUACCCUCACAGCAAAACCGUUUCCCAGACUACCUUGAAGCCAUUCCAGGGACAAACGUGGACCUUGGGACGCUGGAAGGAGAUGGGAUGAAUAUAGAAGGAGAAGAACUAAUGCCAAGUCUUCAAGAAGCUUUGAGUUCUGACAUCCUUAAUGACAUGGAAUCUGUUCUGGCUGCCACCAAGCUAGAUAAAGAGAGCUUUCUCACAUGGUUAUAGAAGCCUCAGGGAGACUAAAUUCUGCAUCUGUGAAGGAUCUAAAGAAAAAAGACAAUUGUGUUUUAAUUUUCCAAAUAAGCCACUGUGGCAGACUUUUGGCUUACUUAGAGCUGAACCAACAUCCAGCAAGAUUCUUUCAUCCCAAUAUUUUGCUCUUCCUUGUCCAUUGCUGCUGUUAUAUAUUGCUGACCUCUUUUACAGUUGGCUCUGAAGAAUCAACAACUUUGGUUUUGAUCUUUAUUUCUAUUGCUGUUGCAACUACUGUUCAUUUUGGGGGUUGGGGAAAAUGAGCCCGUUUGGCUGAUGAAUACCAUUCCUUUUGCCCAAUUAUGUGUUCACCUAUCAUUUUAGCUAAGUGCUCUGACUUGUGAGUUAAAUGCUACAUGUCACAGCUUGUAGUUUAUUCUAGUAGUUGUCUCUUCAGCUGCCUGUGGCAAGUGGAAAAACAUGACUUACUGGUUUGACAAGCCAAAAACGAUGUAUCUGAUCAAAAGAACUCAACGCUGACAUGGAGGAGGAUACAGCUCAAACCAAGAGUGAGCACUGUGUUGGAUAUUCAGUAUUUUCCACUAUUAGCUCUGUCAUAAGUCACAUAAUGUCCUGGAUUCUACUUUAAGGCAUGGGACAGUUUCUGUAGAAACACAUGAAUUAUUGCCACAUAUUCUAGCUUAAUUUUUGUUUGUCAGAAAUGAGGCAAUUUAUCAUAUUAGUGAACAUGGUAGUUUAUAGUUUGGGAGGGUUAUUGUAGUUUUUCUUUAUGGUGAAAUCUACAUUCUGGUUUCAUAGUCUUAUUUAAAUCUUGAUUUGUCCGCCCUUUUUAUACAUAUAUAUUAUAUAUACUUACAAUAUGUUUAUGUUAGGCUGAUAGCUGAAUAUAUAGUUUUAUAUGUUUUCCCUUUAACUUUUCAGUUUAUUUUUUAAAAGGUAGUUUUGAAUGUAUCCAUUUAGAAUACAUGACCAGUGGCUAAUUUUUUCAUGCCUAUUAUUAAAAUGUGUAAUUUAAAUCUGGGGGCAGUCCAAAGGUAUGUAGCUGGUGGGACGGGAUUGUUCCAAACAAAGAUGUUGCAUCAGCCUCCUGCACUCUGUGGGCACAAAACUAAUACAAUCUGAUCAAUUUGAGAAAAACAAGAAGAAUGGUCCCCUCCAACUUCCCACACAUCCAAAUAAGCUCCAACCCACAUGGGCUCCUCACUUUUAGUAAAAUCAGUAAGGAAAAUAAUAUUGAUAGUAAAAGACUUUAUUAAAAGGUUUUCUUUAUUCUCAUCUUAGAAGACAGCUAAUAAGAAAGCCUCAUGCAAUUAAUUCAGCAAACGUUUGUUUGCUGAACCCACCUACAAUAUACAAAGAGCUGAGCUCUGGGGGAAGUCUUAAAAGUUGGACUAUAAAAGGUCCCCACUUCACAAUGAUUAGGGAAAUUUGCCCGAUAUAGAAUGUAGAAGACUGUAAGGUUAUGUGUUAACUGGCAAAGGGUGAUCAGGUAAUUAAUUCAGUGCAUUUUGAUAGAUGAAUUGAGCACGGCAAUAGAGAGAUGAUUAUAUCUUUAUUUUAACAGGAAGAGAUAUUAGACUGACUCAUCUGCAAAAGUAAUAACAGUUCCAAAGAGUAUUUUUUUAAUAAACAAAAUGAGCAAUGAAUCAACUCUUCAGUAUAAGCUAUGAAGUAAUUUUUUUGUUUAUCAUUUAUAAAGAUACCAGCUAGCACAUCUAUAAUUAAGGGUCUGUCAAUGUUUCCAUGAUAAAUCCUUAUUUUCAAGGGUUUUUAUAAUUUAGCCAUUAAGAAAAAAAAUCCUAGCUGAAGCUUGGUUUGAAAAGUCUUGGCUCAAAGGAUAAAUAUACAUACAUAUAUAUAUAUAUAUAACUUUUUCCUAAUUAUGCAUUCUGAGUAGUUUGGCUCUUGGACUUAGAGGAGUGCAAAAGUGAAAGCAAGAAGUUCUAUGUUAGAAAAUCUCAGUGCUCCAAAAACUCAAUUACUGUGUUGUAUAUAAUGAUUUCUAAGCUGAUGGUUCAGAGUAGUUGACUUCAGGAAUUUUUAUUCCGCAAAAAAGCAGUGGAGAAAUUGAGUAUGGGGAAAAUGCACUGUGUACGUGUGUUGAUCUUGUAGAACAAUAGAAUAUUACUUAGAAUGCACAAUAUAGUAUGUAGAUGGUACAGCAUGUUGUUGUUUUUUAACGUGCAGAAGAUCAAAGCUACUCUGAAAGAGAACUAAAAUUCUGUUCUGCCAGUGUCACAAAUUAAUGUUUCCUCUUCAGUAGUAGCACAUAAAGUUGGGGGUCUUGUAAUAUUAAUGGGACCUUGAUAGAGAGUUUAGGAUUCUUUCUUUUUUUCCUUUUCUUCCAUAAAGACUAUCCUGUCUUGCCACUUGGUCAUUUAAAAGAAUAUUAUUCCAAAAUUUAAAGUCAAUUAAAUAAUUUGAUCUAAAAUCAUAAAACAAGAAAGAGUAUUUAGAUCUUAUAAUUUCCCAUCUAUUUUAAUUUGCCAAUUUAUACCUUAAUGUAAGCUUCUUAGCACACAUCACUGUAAACUUAUGUCCGACAUCUAGUGUGCUAGAGUGAGUAACAAUACUUCUUUCCUUUCUGGAGCUCAAGUCACAUCCAUGAUGUUACUUUUAGUAUUUUAUUUUUCCUAUAUAGUUUUUUUAAGACCACUUAAAACUUUCUUAUUGGGAGAAUGGGGAUAGCAUUGUGGUGGGUUCUGACAUUUAACUGGGUAUUCUUGAAUUGUUUUUAACACUAAACCAAUUUUGUCAUCCUUAGAUUUAUCAACUUUUUAACACUCAUGUUCUUUUCAAACAGAAAAAUUCUUCCAAGCUGUUUGUCCACUUGAUGGUCCAAAUUACUUUGGUUUUUCUGAUCGUUUAAAAGAAAAUGUUGAUAAAGUAGAUUUUUAAAAAUAAAAGUAUAAGUACCUUUUUUAAAGAAAGCUUGAUUGAUUAAAGCAAUGAUAUUUUAAUCAGAGAAUUGAGUGGUCUUAAAUACAUGUUCAGCAUUAAAUGUCUGUACUGUGUACUGAACUCUGGCAGGCAGACUGGGAAAUAUCAGUAAAUUAAGUAUACAAAAAAAAAUCAUACCAAUCAGUGUUGGAGCUUAAGCAAUGCAAAAAGGGGAGACAAUUUCAUUAUGAUUAACAGCUACAUAGUUUUUGCACAUCUUGGAAAUGAGUACUCAGAUGAAUUUCACUUUGUAAGCAUGUUUUUAUAAGAAUAGUGGGUGUGCCUAUCUAAACAAAACUUUUCUGUAUCUUGAAAAAGUACUCUCCACAUUUUAAAUGUUUUAUAUUAGAGAAUUAAAUGAACACUUGUCAAAUAUAUAUAUAUAGUACAAAUGUUACAUUUUUGUUUUAGAUGUAAGAGCAUGCCAGUAUGUUAGGUACAAUACUGUUACAUUAUUUUUCCUUAUGUAAUACUUUUUCAUUUGUUUAUGUGGUAUAAAUAUAUACUUUAUGCUUAAACUCACUUCGUUGUUUUUAACAGUUAGUGGUAUUUAAAGCCAUUUUGGUUCUUUAGGUAUAGAUAGCAUUUGAAUUUUAAAAUCCAGUUAUAUUGGUUUUUGUUUCUUGAUUUUGCUGUUUUUUAAGCCUCUGUACUCAUCACUUAGCUGCCAGUGCAGCCAUGGGCUCUGUCACUUGUAGCACAGCGAUAUCGCUGUUCAUGUUUCCUAAGGACUUGCUGUGCAUAAAAACACAGCAUCAAGAUGACUGGGAAGAAUGUAAUGACCCCCUCUGUGACAGCCUGCAGUUUUAUUUCCCUAGCCUGUCCUCCUUGGUGCCUUGGAAUUUCCUCACACUUAACGUUAGUGGAUACCUCAUUUGGGCAGAUUCUAGGCUUCCGAUGUCUUGUCGCAGGUUUAUUAAUAAAGACAUUCCAGAACUCAAA